AUGGCUACCCACGUUAUGACGACCAAUACUGCGGCCGCUCCCUCUCCCUCGCCCGCCACUACCACCACUACUAUGGUGCCCACCGCACCGAGGGCCACCCUCACCGCCAGCGGCCAAGCCGCAGCCGGCUAUGAUCAAAUGAGUUCCGUUCAGCCCAUCUCCGCCCACGGGCAACCCUCACCAACCUACUCCUCUACAAAUACCCCUGCGAACAACUCCCCCACCUCGCCCCGUCUUAACAAAGCCGCCCUUCACCACCUGCCUCUACAAUCCCGCCAGCUGCGGCCGCUCAAGGGUCCCUUGUAUGUCCCCGCGGCCUUGCGCCCGACUGAACGACCGCAAAAGUCCUCUCCUAUCACCCCACCGCGCAGUGUGCACGGCUCUCUCGACAGUCUGAACGAAGACACGGAACCGAUCAGUCGCCGAUCCACCAUGGAGAGCAAGUCGAGCGGUAUCAGCAAGGUGGCUGAGCACGAGUGGAUGAAGACGGAACACUUGGGUGAAGUGACUGGCAUGCCGACCCGCGACCACUGGAAGGCUGAUGCGGCAUCGUCCAGCUGCGAUUCCCCCACAUGCCGAUCCUCGUUCGGCAUCUUUACUCGUCGCCAUCACUGCCGGCAUUGUGGCCACGUCUUUUGCUACAACCACACCCCCCACAUGGUGCCCCUGGAUCAGAAUGCCGCCUUCCACCCCGAGGGAGUUCUAUCCCGGGCAUGUGACCUAUGCUGGAGUGCGUAUCAACGGUGGGAGGAGACCCGCACCGACCGUUUGAAUCAGAUUCAGAACUCCAUCGAUGCCAAGGAGGAUCCCAGCCCCCCGACCGAGGAUCUCGAGUCCAGCGAAAGCUCGGGCCGAGCGGCUCUGACUCCCAAUCUCGGUCAGACCGCCGAAGUGGCGGCCAGCGUCCCUCGUGAUUGGAACUGGAGCACUUUUUAG